AUGAAGGAUGGUAAAGGAGUUGGCUUUAUAAUGCUGCUGCUGUGUUUGUGGAUUGUGGUUGGGUGCUGUUUGGGACAGAACACUUCAGAUUCGGUUACUGCUGUGUAUAUUGUGACAAUGAAACAAGCCCCUGUUUCUCAUUACUACAGUGAGUUUAGAGUGAAGAAAGGACACGACAUUAAGCGCAGUGAUUCUGAGAGAAGGACUAGACUGGAUAAACCCAGCAACAUUUCAAGAACAGAUAGGCACAACGGAUCAUAUAUAGCUCGCGUACAUGAUUCCCUGUUGAGGAGGGUAUUAAGAGGGGAAAAAUAUCUUAAAUUGUAUAGCUACCACUAUCUGAUAAAUGGAUUUGCCGUGCUUGUCACCCCACAGCAGGCCGACAAACUUUCGAGGAGGAAAGAAGUGUCAAAUGUGGUUUUGGAUUUCACUGUAAGAACUGCAACCACUCACACUCCCCAGUUCCUAGGUCUUCCGCAAGGGGCAUGGGCAAAAGAAGGUGGAUUUGAAACUGCAGGAGAAGGGAUUGUGAUUGGAUUCGUUGACACCGGAAUUGAUCCAUUGCACCCCAGCUUCUCUGAUACACCCAAUAAACCGUAUCCAGUACCAGAGCAUUUUUCUGGCAUUUGUGAAGUCACACGAGACUUUCCAUCUGGAUCCUGCAAUAGGAAGCUUAUUGGGGCUCGCCAUUUUGCUGCAUCUGCCAUAACUAGAGGGAUAUUCAAUGCCACUCAGGACUAUGCUUCACCGUAUGAUGGGGAUGGGCAUGGAACCCAUACAGCUGCAACUGCAGCUGGAAACCAUGGGAUUCCGGUUGUAGUAGCUGGGCAUCACUUUGGAAACGCCAGUGGAAUGGCUCCUCGUUCACACAUUGCUGUUUAUAAGGCAUUAUACAAGAGCUUUGGAGGCUUUGCUGCGGAUGUAGUUGCUGCCAUAGACCAGGCAGCUCAGGAUGGAGUGGAUAUAAUAAGCUUGUCAAUAACUCCAAACCGGCGUCCUCCAGGCAUUGCCACUUUUUUUAAUCCUAUAGACAUGGCAUUACUAUCAGCCGUAAAGGCAGGUAUCUUUGUCAUACAGGCAGCAGGGAAUACUGGACCAUCACCUAAGAGCAUCUCUUCCUUCAGUCCAUGGAUCUUUACUGUGGGUGCUGCUUCUCACGAUAGGGGCUAUAGUAACUCUAUUGUCCUUGGAAACAACAUAACAAUUUCUGGAGUUGGACUUGCACCGGGAACGGAUGGAGAUACAAUGUAUACGCUGGUUUCUGCAAUUCAUGCUCUAAAUGAUACGGCUGCUGCAAAUGACAUGUACGUUGGUGAAUGUCAAGAUGCCAGCAAUUUCAAUCAGGAUAUUAUCCAAGGGAAUCUCAUGAUAUGUAGCUACUCAAUCCGGUUUGUACUUGGGCUGUCCACUAUCAAACAAGCUUUAGAAACAGCUAAAAACCUCAGCGCGGCUGGUGUCGUGUUUUACAUGGAUCCCUUCGUCAUAGGUUUCCAACUUAACCCUAUCCCCAUGAGAUUGCCUGGCAUUGUAAUUCCAUCUCCAGAUGAUUCCAAGGUUUUGCUUAAGUACUAUAAUUCUUCUUUGGAGAAAGACGGAGUUACACAGAAAAUUGUUAAGUUUGGGGCAGUCGCAUGCAUCUCUGGUGGAAUAAAAGCAAAUUUCAGCCAUUCUGCCCCAAAGAUUAUGUAUUAUUCUGCUAGAGGACCAGAUCCAGAGGACAGUUUCCUUGAUGAUGCUGACAUACUGAAACCAAACCUUGUUGCACCGGGAAACUUAAUAUGGGCUGCCUGGAGUUCCCGCGGUACUGACUCAGUCGAGUUUCAAGGUGAAAACUUCGCUAUGAUGUCUGGAACGAGCAUGGCUGCUCCUCAUGUUGCUGGUCUCGCAGCUUUAAUAAAGCAGAAAUUUCCCACCUUUUCUCCAUCAGCCAUAGCGUCUGCACUUUCAACAACAGCUUCACUUUCUGAUAAAAAUGGAGAUCCCAUUAUGGCACAACGUGCUUAUGCGAACCCAGAAUUGAACCAAUCUCCUGCUACACCCUUUGACAUGGGUAGUGGUUUUGUUAAUGCAACUGCUGCACUGGAUCCAGGCCUUAUUUUUGAUUCAAGUUACGAUGACUACAUGUCCUUCCUUUGUGGCAUAAAUGGAUCAUCUUCUGUAGUUCUAAAUUACACCGGUCAAAGCUGUGGAGUUUCUACCAUGAAUGGCACUGACCUAAACUUGCCCUCGAUCACAAUAUCAAAGUUGAACCAGUCGACCACCAUUCUACGAGCAGUGACUAACACGGCCGCAAAUGAGACAUAUCAAGUAGGUUUGAGUGCCCCUUAUGGAGUUUCCGUUAAGGUGAUGCCGACUCACUUUUUCAUUGCAAGUGGAGAAAAACAGGUGUUGAGUGUAUUCUUUGACGCAACCAUGAACAAUUCAGUUGCAAGUUUUGGAAGAAUUGGACUGUUUGAUAUGCAGGGCCAAUUGGUUUGCAGUGGGUGUAGGACUGUCCUCCUUUAUCCCAGAGGAGCUGCGAAUGUUCGCUGUUCAUUGUGCAAUGCAGUCACUUCUGUCCCCCAACCUGGGAUGGAAAUGGCUCAACUGAUAUGUGGAGGCUGCCGCACCUUACUUAUGCAUGCACGGGGAGCCACCAGUGUCAGAUGUUCCUGCUGUCACACGGUGAAUCUCGUUCCAGCACCUAAUCAUGUUGCUCAUGUUAGCUGCGGUAACUGUCAUACCACACUAAUGUAUCCAGCUGGAGCUCCGUCCGUAAAAUGUGCAAUGUGUCACUACAUUACAAAUGUCAAUGCCAAUAACACGGUGAGUAAUACAAGGGUUCCAGCUCCCGUGCACAGACCUGGUGGGAACCCGCCAUCUGCAUUAACACCGUCUACUUCCACAGCAACAUCCAAUUCGCACAAUCAAACAGUCGUCGUUCAGAAUCCCAUGUCUGUAGAUGAAAGUGGAAAGUUGGUGAGCAAUGUUGUUGUUGGUGUCACAACAUAG